AUGUCGGCGGAAGCAUCCUCAAGCGCCGGCGACACGCCGAGCAUCUCCAAACCAAAGGAGCUCACAGCUUCCCAGUACGACGAGCUUUCGGUGCCGGAGCGUCAAGCUUACGACUCAGCUCGAGCAGCAGCUCAAACGGCCGAGCAAGAGGCUUUGCCCUACAAGUGGGAUCAGACCUUGCAAAAUGUCAGCGUGCUGGUGGAUUUCGAGAAGGGAACUCGAGCAAAGGAGCUGGACGUCGUGAUCAAGAGGAGGAGCAUCAAGGUUGGAAGAAAGGGCAAGGAGCCCGUCUUCAGUGUGAGCGCGGAAUCGAUGGAGUGAAGCUAUGAAGCUGCGGAGCUGAAUGCGUCAUGCCGCGCCGCUACUUGCAGGGAGAGCUGUUCAAGGAUGUUGUGGAGGAUGACAGCACAUGGUCUCUAGGUGAGAUCAGAUUGCGCGUCAGUGUCCUCGUUCCCAUGCGCGCUGUCGCUCAAAGACGCUAUGGAACGUUGCUCGGAGUGCUUUGCAGAGGACUCUCAGACUGUCUCGAUUCAUCUCGAAAAGCAAAAUCAGUCCGAAUGGUGGCCACAUGUAGUGACCUCGGCGCCCAAGAUCGACACCACCAAGCUUGUGCCCGAGAACUCAAAGCUGAGCGAUCUGGAUGGCGAGACUCGGUACGUGCUGCAAGCACCUUUGCCACCAUAUGAUCCCCAUGCUAACACCAUGUGAGCGAUCCCCGCUUGAUUGGCCAUUCAGCGCGAUGGUCGAAAAGAUGAUGGUAGGUCACGUGCGCUUUUCGAAGUGCUAGCACUUCUACUUCUCCUCAAAUCACCUCUUUGUGCCUACUGCAGUUUGACAACAGGCAGAAAGCGCUCGGCAAGCCCACUUCCGACCAGCUCAAGCAAUCAGAGGUGAGCCUCAUUCAGGCAAAUGCAGAUUCGUAUAUGCGCGUGCCACGUCGCUGGCUGUAUCAGCCCUAAUCUUCUCCCUCUUUUUUUCCCACGUAGGCGUUAGACAAGUUCAAGCAACAGGUGUGUAUGCGGUUCGAAAGGCUGAUAUAGGUCUCAGCGAAAGCUAUGCUGAACAUGCUCGUCAUGCUGCUGUUGUUGAGAAGCAUCCCGAAAUGGACUUCAGCAACGCAAAGAUCAACUUUUGA